AUGUUCAAACCUCUUCCGUCAACAACACCAGUUGAUACAAUCGUGACGGAUUGCUCACCAGAUUGGCCCUCCCUCCUUGAUGCGUAUUUUGGUAAUGAAGCGUACACCGCAGAUUUUCAGAUAGCGGAAUGGCACCUUUUAUCUGACUGGGCUGCGCGUCUCGAUGAAAUGGUCUCAAAUCGAGUUGAUCGUUUUGCCAUCAUCUGUGCAUUGAGACGGUGGACUCGAGCUACUGACCCGACUUUAUUCGAAGGUAUUGUUAUUGACAUGUUUGAAGCGUUUCGUGAAAUGGAUCUGAACCCGCUUGCUCAGCUUGUUGAUGCUCAGUUGACAGAUCCUGACUUCGCCAAAAGAUGGACACCACUAAAUCGGAAUCCUCUCACAGACCACAGUAAUCCUGUAUUGGAGAUCUCCUGCAGGAUGUUCCGAGAUCGAUUCCUGAAUUGUGAGCUAUGUGCACGACUUGAUGAGUAUGCUGGACUCCUCAACGAACGAAUUGCGGAGUUCAAUUCGUUAACGUUCUCUGAAGUCUACACCACAUCUCCAAUGGAACCUCCACGACAGGUUCCUCAGAUGUAUGAGGAUAUGUGA